ACCGGCCCGGCGCUCAUGCGGUCGGAGUCCCGCCUCCCGCCCGAGCCGGAGCCCGCGCCGCGCGCCCGCCCGCACCAUGCUCAAGUGCAUCCCGCUGUGGCGCUGCAACCGGCACGUGGAGUCGGUGGACAAGAGGCACUGCUCGUUGCAAUCCGUGCCCGAGGAGAUCUAUCGCUACAGCCGCAGCCUGGAGGAGCUACUUCUCGAUGCCAACCAGCUGCGCGAGCUGCCCAAGCCCUUCUUCAGGCUGCUGAAUCUGCGCAAGCUGGGCCUGAGUGACAACGAGAUCCAGCGAUUGCCCCCAGAGGUGGCCAACUUCAUGCAGCUGGUGGAGCUGGACGUGUCCCGGAAUGACAUCCCUGAGAUCCCUGAGAGCAUCAAGUUCUGUAAGGCCCUGGAGAUCGCGGACUUCAGUGGCAACCCCUUGUCGAGGCUUCCCGAAGGCUUCACUCAGCUGCGCAGCCUGGCUCACCUAGCCCUGAAUGACGUCUCUCUGCAGGCACUGCCCGGGGACGUGGGCAACCUGGCCAACCUGGUGACUCUGGAGCUGCGGGAGAACCUGCUCAAGUCGCUGCCUGCGUCCCUGUCUUUCCUGGUCAAGCUGGAACAGUUGGACCUGGGCGGCAACGAUCUGGAAGUGCUGCCCGAUACUCUGGGGGCUUUGCCCAACCUGCGCGAGCUGUGGCUGGACCGGAACCAGUUGUCGGCACUGCCCCCGGAGCUCGGGAACCUGAGGCGCCUGGUGUGCCUGGACGUGUCGGAGAACAGGCUGGAGCGGCUGCCCUCGGUGCUUGGUGGGCUGGUGCUGCUCACCGACCUGCUGCUCUCCCAGAACUUGCUGCAGAGGCUUCCUGAUGGCAUCGGCCAGCUGAAGCAGCUGUCCAUCCUGAAGGUGGACCAGAACCGCCUGUGCGAGGUGACCGAGGCUAUCGGGGACUGCGAGAACUUGUCUGAGCUGAUCCUCACGGAGAACCUGCUGACGGCCCUGCCCCACUCCCUGGGGAAGCUGACCAAGCUGACCAACCUCAAUGUUGACCGGAACCGCCUGGAAGUGCUGCCACCUGAGAUUGGAGGCUGUGUGGCACUCAGUGUCCUAUCCUUGAGGGACAAUCGCCUGGCCGUCCUGCCACCUGAGCUUGCCCACACAGCCGAGCUGCAUGUGCUGGACGUGGCCGGGAACCGGCUGCAGAGUCUGCCGUUUGCGCUCACCCACCUCAAUCUCAAGGCCCUGUGGCUGGCUGAGAAUCAGGCACAGCCCAUGCUUCGGUUCCAGACCGAGGAUGACACCCAGACUGGCGAGAAGGUGCUCACCUGUUACCUCCUGCCCCAGCAGCCACCACCCAGCCUCGAGGACCCAGGACAGCGGAGCAGCCCUUCAGAAAGCUGGAGCGAUGCCCCUCUCAGCCGCGUCAGUGCCAUCCAGUUCUUGGAGGGCCCUGUGGUCGGGGAGGAUGCCGAGGAAGCAGCUGCUGAGAAGCGGGGCCUACAGCGGCGGGCCACGCCCCACCCCAGUGAGCUCAGGGAGAUGAGGAAGGGCAUGGAAGAGCGGCGGAAUGAAGCCUUCUGCAGGCCUGGCCCUGGGACACCCUCACCCCUGGAGGAGGAGAAGAGGCUGAGUACCGAGUCUGGCCUGAGUGAGAACUCACACCUGUCCGCAAGCACAGCCUCCCUGGGUGAGCCUGAGGGCCCCCCAGCAGAGGUGGACGUGCUGAGCCGGCAGGAAGCCGAGCCAGCUGCCCAGGAGGAAGCCGAGGAAGAGGCCUAUGAGGAGCCCACAGUGCGCUUCGCGGAGGACACCCUGGUGCUGCCCCCCCCAGGGGAGGACGCCGAGAGCGAGGAGGGGCAGGAAGAGGGGCAGCUGGAGGCCCCCUGGCCCCCGCCUGGCGGGAGGCAGCGGCUCAUCCGCAAGGACACACCCCACUACAAGAAGCACUUCAAGAUCUCCAGGCUGCCCCGGCCCGAGGCCGUCGUGGCCCUGCUGCGGGGGACGCAGCCAGACGGCGAGGGCCUGGCAGGGCCGCGGGGCUGGCACAACGGCCCCCACACGCCCUGGGCUCCUCGGGCCGAGGAGGAGGAGGAGGAGGCUGAGGAGGCCGAGGAGGCCGAGGAGGAGGCCGAGGCAGCGGUGGUAGCGGCUGAUGAGAAGGAGGAGGAGGAGGAGGAGGCUGGGGCUGCGGCAGCCUCUGUGCCCUGCGUCAAGGGGGUGUCGUUUGACCAGGCCAAUAACCUGCUGAUAGAGCCUGCCCGCAUUGAGGAGGAAGAGCUGGCACUCACCGUUGUGCGGCAGACUGGGGGCCUUGGCAUCAGCAUCGCUGGCGGCAGGGGCUCCACCCCUUACAAGGGGGACGACGAGGGCAUAUUCAUCUCUCGGGUGUCUGAGGAGGGCCCUGCGGCCCGGGCUGGAGUCCGAGUGGGAGACAAGCUCCUCGAGGUGAAUGGCGUACCCUUGCAGAACGCUGAGCACCACCAGGCCGUCGAGGCGCUGCGGGGGGCAGGUGCUACUGUGCAGAUGCGGCUGUGGCGGGAACGCAUGGUGGAGCCCGAGAACGCCGUCACCACCACGCCUCUGCGGCCUGAGGAUGACUACAGCCCCCGGGAGCGGCGGGGAGCUGGGCUGCGGCUGCCCCUGCUCCAGCCUGAGACCCCUGGGCCCUUCCGCCAGCGCCACGUGGCCUGUCUGGUGCGCAGUGAGAAGGGACUGGGCUUCAGCAUCGCUGGCGGGAAAGGUUCCACGCCCUACCUGGCUGGUGAUGGGGGCAUCUUCAUCUCCCGCAUCGCUGAGGGGGGUGCUGCCCACCGGGCGGGCACUCUGCAGGUUGGCGACCGUGUCCUCUCGAUCAAUGGGGUGGACAUGACCGAGGCCAGGCACGACCACGCUGUUGCUCUGCUAACUGCCGCGUCCCCCGCCAUCGCCCUGCUGCUGGAACGGGGGGCUGAGGGGCCCCUUCUCCCCAGUCCCCUGCCACACUCUCCCCCAGCCCCCACUGCUGCUGCCGCCACUGUGAUCACUGUCACUCCUGGGGAGCCUGGGCCCCUGAGGAUGGCCCCCAGCCUGCUGGCUGCUGCCCUGGAGGGGCCAUACCCAGUGGAGGAGAUCUGUUUGCCGAGAGCUGGGGGCCCACUGGGGCUCAGCAUUGUUGGGGGCUCUGACCAUUCCAGCCACCCGUUUGGUAUCCAGGAGCCUGGUGUAUUUAUCUCGAAGGUGCUCCCACGGGGCCUGGCUGCUCAAAGUGGCCUGCGGGUCGGGGACCGAAUCCUGGCAGUGAACGGGCAGGAUGUGCGGGAGGCCACACACCAGGAGGCGGUCAGCGCCCUGCUGCGGCCCUGCCAGGAGCUGGUGCUGCUUGUGCGGAGGGACCCACCACCCCCGGGCAUGAGGGAGCUCUGUAUCCAGAAGGCCCCUGGGGAGAGGCUGGGCAUCAGCAUUCGCGGGGGUGCCAAGGGCCAUGCAGGGAAUCCCUGCGACCCCACAGAUGAGGGCAUCUUCAUCUCCAAGGUGAGCCCCGCGGGAGCGGCAGGGCGUGAUGGCCGCUUACAAGUGGGGCUGCGACUGCUGGAGGUGAACCAGCACAGCCUGCUGGGCCUGACUCACGGGGAGGCUGUGCAGCUGCUGCGCGGCGUGGGCGACAGCCUCACCGUGCUCGUCUGCGAUGGCUUCGAUGCCAGCACCACCCCUGCCCCUGAGGUGUCCCCGGGUGUCAUCGCCAACCCCUUUGCGGCAGGCGGCAGCCGCCGGAACAGCCUGGAAAGCAUCUCGUCCACCGACCGGGAGCUGAGUCCCGAGGGCCCUGGCAAGGGCAGAACGCAGCUGGGGAGCCCGAGGCUGCCAGGCUCCGGCCAGAGUCCACCCUGCCCGCAGGAGAAGGGGCUGCCAGGACAGACCUUGCAGUGGGGACCAGAGGCUGCGGUUCCAUUUGGGGCAACUGGAGGGAAGAUGGCUGAGGCCCCCUAUUCCCCUGGCCGCCAGCAGCCUCCCUCCCCACCAUCCCCUGAAGAGCUGCCCGUCAACGUGAAGCAGGCCUACAGGACAUUUGCUGCUGUACCUGGCCUGCACCCACCCCAGGACACCCCUUCCCAGCCCUCCAUGCCUGGGCCUACGGCCUCACCGGAGCAGCUGUCUUUCCGUGAGCGGCAGAAGUACUUUGAGUUGGAGGUGCGUGUGCCCCAGACUGAGGGCCCCCCAAAGCGUGUAUCACUGGUGGGUGCUGAUGACCUUCGUAAGAUGCAAGAGGAGGAAGCCCGAAAGCUGCAGCAGAAGAGGGCGCAGGUGCUGCAGGAGGCAGCUGCCGCGGGGCGUGCCCCGGACGGAGAAGACCCUCAGGAGGGGGAAGAGCCAGAGGAGGAACCGCCCUGGGCUGGCCCAGGCCCUGGCACAGGGGUCUGCCCCACGUCCCCUCUGCCCCAUGUGGGAGGCAGCGCCCCUGUGCGGACAGCCAAAGCUGAGAGACGCCAUCAGGAGCGGCUGCGUGUGCAGAGCCCUGAGCUGCCCACACCCGAGCAGGCCCUGUCCCCUGCAGAGCGCCGUGCCUUGGAGGCUGAGAAGCGGGCACUGUGGAGGGCUGCCAGGAUGAAGUCUCUGGAGCAGGAUGCCCUCCGAGCACAGAUGGUUCUCAGCAAGUCCCAGGAAGGCCGGAGCAAGCGCGGGCCUCUGGAGCGGCUGGCUGAGGCCCCUUCGCCUGCACCCACCCCGUCACCCACCCCCUGGGAAGACCUCAGCCCUCAGACCAGCACCUCCCCGGGACACCUGGCCUUGUCUGGGAGGAAGUUUGACUACAGGGUGUUUGCAGCCCUCCCUUCUUCCAGACCUGUCUAUGACAUGCAGUCCCCAGAUUUUGCUGAGGAGCUGAGGUCCUUGGAGCCGUCUCCCAGCCCCGGCCUGCAGGAGGAUGGGGAGGUGGCCAUGGUGCUUCUGGGCGGGUCUUCACCAGGUGCCGUGGGCCCCGAGGAGGUGACACUGUGCAGCAGCCGCCGCCCCAUGCGGCCAGGACGCCGUGGCCUGGGCCCAGUGCCCUCCUAGACGAUUGGUGUACCUUCCCCCGCCCCUGACUUGGGGUGGGGGCCCUGCCAGCUCCGCCACCACCCUUGCCCGAAGUCUUUUUAACCUGGGUGUUAGAAUUUUAAAGAGACCCCUCAGGAGUUCUGGCCGCUAACUGCCCCCUCCCCAGCCAGGACCUCAUGUCCGUGCAAGACUGUAACUAGUGAUAUUUGUACAACCAAAGACUCUAUUUUGUGGUUUAAGGAGAAUAAAAUCGACUACAUUUUA